AUGAACCAGGUAACAGAAUCCUACUGCAAGUUCAUACAGUCCUGGGGACCUCGGCUGGCGAAGCUCCGCAUCACUGUUGGUUCAUGCAGCAGCUGGGCUGAGAGCCUGAAGAUACGUGGUAUGGAGAAAGGAGAAGGACGAAAUCAAACGCCCAUCGUGGAAUUCGUCCUUUUAGGGUUUGGGAAUGACUCUGAACUGCAGCCCCUCCUCUUCUUUGUGUUUCUAAUGAUCUAUCUUGUGACUUUAGCCGGGAACCUCCUCAUCGUGCUGCUAGUGGUAACUGAUCGGCACCUUCACAGCCCCAUGUACUUCUUCCUGGGAAACCUGGCCUGCUUAGAGACCGGCUUCACCUCCACCAUCCUGCCCAGGUUUUUGACCAGUCUUCUCACCGGGGACAGAGCCGUUCCUGUCAAGGGCUGCAUCAUCCAGUUAUAUGUCUUUUCCGUCAUGUCAUCAGCAGAAAAUCUGCUCCUCACAGCGAUGUCAUACGAUCGGUACCUAGCCAUCUGCCAUCCCCUCCGCUACACGGCUCUGAUGAAUGGCCGGGUAUGUUGCCAGAUAGUGGCCGGGUGCUGGAUAAGUAGCUUUCUGGGCUCUGCCGUUGUUAAUAUUUUCUUGUGGAAAUUAACAUUCUGCAAUUCCAAUGAAAUUGACCAUUUCUUCUGUGAUUUCACCCCCAUGCUCAAGCUGUCUUGUGAUGACACCCAGAUUCUGCAACUGCUGGCAUUUAUUGUUGCUGCCCUAUGGACACUGGUGCCCUUUCUCCUCACUCUGGCAUCCUAUGUUUGUAUCAUCAGCUCCAUCCUAGGAAUCCCGUCCACCACCGGGAGGCAAAAGGCCUUUUCCACCUGCUCCUCCCACCUCAUCGUGGUGAUGCUUUACUAUGUGAUUGUGAUCGUUGUGUAUUUGGUUCCAAUCGUCAACCCUGCUGAGGUACCCAAAAAAAUAAUCUCAGUCUUCUGCACAGUCCUGACUCAGAUGAUCAACCCUUUCAUCUACUGCCUGAGAAACAAGGAUGUCAAAGAGUCCUUGAGAAAAACUCUUCAUAAACAGGUUGCUGUCAGAAACACGCCUAGAAUCUGA